AUGAUUCGCGAAUUCAGCGUUUGCAAGUACUUCGUCGGCGUAUUGAGAUUUUACCGACAGGGAUCACGACUCGCAUCUGGCGUUGAUGGAGAGACUACUGGAAUGCGGGAUGCGACUACUGGCGAGAAAGUCCAGGCACUUUCGGGAUACACUGGCAAUGUGGAUUGCAUUGCAAAAUCCCCUGACGACGUAUCCCUCGCAUACAACAAAAAGGGUCAGACGAUCACUGUGUCAAGACUAGUUGCUUCCGAGGACGGCUCUGUCGUCGCGUCCGUGUCAAGCGAUCGCAUAAUUCGUCUUUGGGAUCCCAAAGAAGGGGCAGAAGUUCUCAAAACUGAGACCCAUGGUGACCAUCUAGGUUCCAUACUACCGCUAGCCUUCUCUCCUAACGGUUCAAAUUUAGCAUUUUCUGUGAAUAUUGAGACGAUUGCGCUGUGCACUGGCUCCUCGGUAAAAUCGAAGGUCGCGAAACGUGCGAUUGAAUUGUGGAAUUCUAUUGAGGCCAGAGACCUACUGCAGUUACAGGCAAGCCACCCCGAAACAUUGGUGUUUUCGCAGAACGGAUCAUUAUUGCUGUGUUUAGAGGACCUUGGGGUUGUUACGCUUCGAAACAAUGCCACAGGUCUCAAUGCACAAAGUCAAUAUCUGCUGGCUAAAUCGGCGCGAACGGUGGCAUUAUCCUUUGACGAAUCGCGAGUAGCAGUUGGAUCGAUCAAUGGUACAAUUACAUUAUGGGACCUGAAGACGAGCCAAAGGAUACGCUGUUUGACGGUCCCUGGUCAAGACUCCAUUAGCGCGGCCGCAUUUUCGCCUGACGGAUCUAUGAUAGCGUACGGAUCAGAAGGCGCCACAAUUGGGUUAUGGGAUUUGACCACGGGUCAAAUGGAAACAAUCAAAGCUCCGGACAGGUUCGAAUGCUCAGAAAUCAGAUCUAUCAGAUUCACAGUUGACUCGAAAACUAUGGUCACGAACAUUGGGGCUCCUGGUGUUCGUGCCGAGACUAGAAUACGUGCAACAUUAACUCCAUUUGUUCGGAAAUCGACCCUCAUCAGGAAAGGCUGGAUCCAACGCAAUGGCCGCAAUUACCUCUGGCUCCCUCUAGAAUAUCGCUUAGCAGAGACAGCUUUCUGUGAAGGAGGUGGUCUUCUAAGAGUCUGGGUCUUGCACAGCGCUGGUCGAGAUCUGCAAAGUUCAGCCACCAUGGACGUGUACACAUCGGCUUGUGGCAGUAGGAUACUGAACACCUCAUACCUAGAUAUGAUUCAAUUGUCGACCAUCAACAUCUUCUCUCCCAACAAUGACAAAACCACAUGCAAAAGCGUAAUGAAGUUUGCUAUCGCCCUCGAGAUAUGUAGCUUUGGCCUCAACAGCCUUACUUCAGCAAAGGCAGAUACACAUCCAGGACCUAUUGGCCAGCAUAUGUUCACUGAUAGCACCAAUUCUGAGGCACAAGCAGUGCUUAGCCCGACAACGCAAUGUCUCAAUCUCAAGGCCACAUUAGGAGGAAUCGUCCAGCUACCCGAUGACGCUCUCUACAGAACCCGCCUCCAGGAAUACUGGGCUUCUAACCAGAUCGACUUAAAGCCAUACUGUCGGAUCAUGCCGAGAACGAGCACGGAAGCCGCAGCCGCGGUCCGGGCCUUGAACGAUGAGAAAAUGCGAUUCGCUGUCGAGAGUGGUGGCCAUUCAUCUAUCAUGGGCGCCUCGAAUAUCAAUGAUGGCGUCACCCUUGAUCUCUCGUUGCUGGAUGGCAUUGCACUGUCGCCGGAUGGGUGUAAUCUGCAUGUUGGCACUGGAAUGCGAUGGUUGGAUGUCUACGAGUUUCUCGAGAGGGAGGAUUUAAGUAUAUCGGUGAACGGUGCACGAGCGGGUUCAGUUGGUGUGGGUGGCUUUCUGCUAGGCGGAGGAAUCUCUAUCUCGUCGGGACAGUAUGGCUGGGCAUGCGACUCGAUUGAGUCGGUCGAGGUUAUUAUCGGCAAUGGAUCUCUUGUGGAAGCAAACACCACACAUCAUAGUCGACUAUCCGCCGCUAUGAAAGGGACAGCGAGUGUCUACGGGAUAGCAACGAGCUUCAAACUAAAAACCUAUCCAGCCGUACCGCUCGAGAUGGCAUUCAUUGCCUACAACUGGCAGUACCUAAACACCGUCCUAUCAGCCUUAGAACACUUCAACAAAAAUGCCGCCAGCGACAAGACCGCAUCCGCAGACCUCUCCGUCUCCUACGAUCCCACAACUCAAGAGAACAUCCUCGUCGCAAUGCUAAGCAGCACGAACAUUACAGCCAGCCCAGCAUUAUCUCACUUCCACUCAAUCCCCAAGGUCCACUACUCCCGGCAGCGCAUCACAAACGCCCAACUCGCACGGAUCCUCGACGUGAACAAUCCACACGGAUAUCGACAGCAUAAGGCGACAUUGACGAUCACUAAUGACGCGACGCUUCUCGCUGGACUCGCACGUAUAUUUGCGGAAUUUGCCGCCCGUGACACAUACGCGCAUGUGCGCGAUCAAUUCUACCGAGCUGGAAUGCUCGUGCAGCCGCUUACGUUGCCGCAUCUCCAGCGCUCCAGAGAGACUGGGAAGGGGAAUAUGCUUGGGCUCGAGGACGAGAUGGAGUCGCUGAUUUGUAGGUCCAUUCCCACCGGAUCGCCGUUCUUUUCGUGA